GGCAUCCAGAAAAAAACAAAAAAAAAAAAGGCUUAGCUUUUAAUUAAAGUUUGAUGAAAGGGAAACUGCAGGGAAAAUAUAAUUUCCGGCUCAUUAAGUUGUUUUAUAUAAUUAAAAGAGGCAAAUAGGGUUUUUUAUUGAAAUUUAAAUCAAAACAAAGAAUGAAAAUAAAAUAUCUGAUGAACUAAAAGCAGCAACAAAAAUAUGACAAGGUAAAAUAACACCAGAACUGAGGUGAAGCGCGCCGCUCACACAGGUUCUCAUUUGUCCUGAGUGACUGGCUGGCUGAAACAUAAGCACUGCCCUCCAAUUAUUUGUGAAAGAAGGCCCAGGGGUCAGAGGUCACGGCUAUUUAUUACUGAAUCAAAAGGAAGCCCGGUGUUUUUUCAGAUGCGUCCAGGAAGUCUGUUGUACGUUCCCACACUAACCCGCCGUGUUUAGACUGAGGGGUCCUGAGGUGAAAGUCACCACAGGCCACAAACUCUCCUGGACAAGAAGAAGUGAGGGUCGGCACAUUUCACUGCCACAAAAAUUCAUUUUAACAAGACAUUUGAUCAGUGUAAAAGCUGCACUAGACAAACUUUUCUAUAAAAAUAUCCAAGUUCUCAGUGGUCCUUACCGACUAAGAUACUGCACAUUUACUUUUUACCCAAAUUAAUAUUGAUGUCGGGAUGGUCACUGGUGGGAAAUCUUUUGUCCCGUUGGAUCGUUAUAAUUUAGUAUGGAAAAAUGUUUGAUCAGACAAUUUUGCUUUUCUUCCAGUGAACUGAAGAUUUUUUUUAUUUAAAACAGGCAUUCAUAUUUUUUUCAAAAUUAUUUCAUUAGUAUCAAGAAAUUGUCACUGGGUUUAAAAAAAAAAUUCAAGAUAAAUAUUAUAAAGGGGCAAACAAAAACCAAAAAAAACGUAUUCACACGAGAUUUUUCUUCUGUGUUCCUCUGUAUUAAGCUAGACUGACAAUCAGCAUGUCGGUCAGUUAAGUAACAAGAAAUUGCAGUACAAAAAUGCCAAACUAUGUUUGAGGUAAUUCAGAAACAAUGUCACCAUGACAUAGUUUGUCCACCAGAGAGCACUGACGAGUUUUUUACACUAUAAAACAUCCCGCUUAGUAUGUAUUUCUGUAAAAACAGAUCUAUGGGAUUCACAAAGAUUGUUUAUGUAAAUCAGAUCAGCUGAUAUCAUUACCAGAACUCCUAAAUAGCUAUAUCAGUAUCAAGAAUCCAUUAUCAGUUUGUACCUUCCACGUCAGUGUAGCCACGAGGGUCUGCAUGAUGUAAAUUUCAUCACCUGCCCAUGCCCGCAAGGGUCAGCAGUCCAAAAUUCAAGACAGCAUGGACUGUACAAGCAGCCUAUACAGGUGGACAUGUCCAUAAACACAGACACCCAACAUAGUAUGAACAGAACCAUGUGCAGCCGCUGUCCACCCUGCUGUCCACGUGUCUGUUGUGGAGUAUGUCAGGGCCUUUACCCUUCUCCCACUUUCACAUGGUGCAUUCCAAAGUACACCCAGGACUUGACCUCUUUGACCGGGUCUUGGAGGGUUAGUAGGGGCUUGGGUUGGGGUCAUCCGAGGUCAUCUGACUCAUGAUGCCAAUGACAGUGGUACUAAUGAAGAUACUCGCACUACUGCAUCAGUUUACCUCACUGUAGCAAAUUGCUUUUCACCCACAGGUGGGUAGGACACAUGCACAAGGUCACAAGCUGGGUGCUGCAGUGGGAAACCGAAGGUCACCGAGAGUCUUGUGUGUCAAGCAGGAACACAAGGUUUUGGACCCAAAAUGCAGUCACAGAAGCAGAGCAGGUGCUGUUUGAAAAUUUUAAUGGAAGGAAAAAUGCUCACACUGAUACUAACAGGUUAAAGUCACUCACAACAGGUCAGCAGUCCAGAACAGGCAAACAAGUCCAACAGGCAAAAUCCAAAACAGGCAAGGUCCAAGGGAAACAAAGUACACAGAAACACACAGGUACUAAAUGCCAGGGCGCUUGACAUAGAUACAGUAACAAUCUGACAAAUAGACAAGGGAGACAACUAGACACAGGUGAACUAGGGUAGGGCAAACAAUCAAAACUGGCGGGAAAGCAAAUAAAAGGCAGGAAGCAAAACUACACAAAACACAUGAGGUAGAACAAUUACCAAAAUAAAACAGGAAAUAACAGAACACAAAUCCAAAACCAUGACAGAGAGUGACCUGGAACCACAGUAGAGCCAGCUACAAGAAUGGCAUUUAUUUCAUUAUGCUGAGCUAAGUGUUUUAAUAUGUGCACAUUACAAAAAACAAACUACUUAAUAACUUUAUAAACAACGUCUUCUUAUGCUGUAUAAACAUAUGUCAGACUGGUCCGUUUUAGAUGGGAACACAAAGGCUGCAGACACGUUACGAACACAACAGGAGGGUUAAAUUUGCAGACAAGUUCCCGGCAGAGGGCGUGGUUAGGCCAUGGCAGCGUUUCCAAAACCAUCAGGCCUGAGACUUUGUUUCCAGCCUCGGCCCCGGUAUCUCGGGUUACUGAAACACUCCGAGAAUCUGAGGCGUGGAGUGAAACCCCUCAGCAAUACUGCACCCUUUGUGUCGCUGCCUCGAGCCCUUGAGCAGGUGUAACAGCUGAGAGGAGAGCAGAGCAGGGCAACUGCUGCCUCACCACCAUCAUGGGAUCAUUUAAGACAUACAGAAAUCCUUUCUGGGAACAACAGUGCAGUACAGAGUCAAAUAUGGCUUCACUGAGAGACGGCAAACAGAAAUUAGCCUUAUAUGGCACAUGACGACUGUUUAUAUCAAACCUGUGAUUUUUUUGCUGUUUUUACACAUUCAGCUCACAUCCUGCUCUGACUCAGCUAAGAUUUAAAGCGUCAGUUCUCUCAAACUACACAAAAACACAUUAGUUCUAGUGGUAUAUAAGAGGUCUUCAUGGGUCCACUCGAGUCAGGCUGGAUCCAGAUUAUAGUCUGUCUAAUGGGGUCGGGUAGGGUCCUGUUGUAUUACCUUGGGUCUCAGGUUAGUACGUCAACAUGUUUGAUACCCGAGCAAGCAAUCUGUAUCCGAUCACGUGGUGUCAUCUUCAUCACAGGAGAAAUAUUUGUUUCUUUGAAGCACAGUGUGAACUGGGAAAAUGACAUGUACUACUGUUUUCAACCACAGAUGCUCACUAAUUGGUGGAUCAUCAAUGUUUGUCAAUCAUUUUUGCUCUCAGGUCAAUUAUGUCAAUUGUUCUCAGGUCUUUUCAGAUUGUCCUCGGGUCCCUUUAGAAUCAGGUUUGGGGGAAUGAAUUAUUAAUUCACGUACAUGAGGUUCGAGGAGGUUUUCCACUGGUCCACUUUGGGUCUGCAAGUCUUCUUGUAUAUGUAGCCACGAAGAUCGUUUUGAUUUUAUUUGUCCAUGUUUUGAGAUUUCUGUCUCUGAUAUUUCUGCCUCCACCCCAAUACAGUGGAGGUGAGUUAAAUCUUGUUUGUGCUGUACACAGCAUUGGAAAAUGACAUUAAAAAUGAAACAAUAAUGCAUCAAUAAUGUGCAGAAACAAAGUCCGAGUUUCUCCGGGACACGUGAUGUGCUGGGUGAGUGGAAUCUGAGAGAACUUUCCUUGCCCUUUUCACAGUUUGUUUUUGGUAGAUUGAUUUUAUUUUUUUUACUAUCUCAGCUGUUGUACCAGACUGUACGGAUGAUGUGAGAAUACUUUCAAUUAUUGCAGUGUAGAAAUGGAGCUUUACUGGGCUUUUUUUGACGAUGUGGACUAUGUUGAUAUCGCUUUUGAGCGUAUUGCUAAUGUGAGUACCAAGACACUUGAAUAAGGCAGCAUUUGGGGCCAGAACUGCAUUUAUGAUAUUUUGACAGGACGGAAAUGGUCUUCAUUAGGUCAGUACCCAAUACGAUCAAGGGUCUGUUUUCUAAACGCCAAGAGAACAGCAGCAGAGUCAGCUGUGAGUAAAUAUAAAUUUUUUAUUUUUUUUUGGUAUGUGAAUUAUGAUGAGAUAAUGGCAGUGGAAUCUCAUAUAUUUUUUACUGCACUCUCACAGCCAGAGCAGCAGAUUGGGGCAUUUUCCACACCAAAAGUAUUUACCACCCUACCCAGUGGUGGGUGAAUGUCUUUACUGUAAUGGUAGUAACUCAGCAGGGUGGGCUCAAUGCCACAUCACAUGGCCGCAACAAACAGAAACCCACAACAGCUGUUUUAAUGUCCUCUACAAGAUUCCAUCUGCUGACUUGGAGUUGGACUCUAGACUUUGUUAAAAUCUAAUUUGCAAAAAAUUCUCAGUGCUUCUUUUAACCUAACUGAGCACCAUAUGGUUUUAUUUGUUAUACGUUUAAUUCACAAAAGGAGCAGCCUGGCUUAAAAUCUACUCCAAACAGGAAGUGACAAAUAACAACUACAAACUGUCUCCAAACAGCAGGGAGCAAACAAGCCGUCCGUGGAAAGCCGGACUCACCAACUGUAUAUUUGUGUAUCCAGUUGCAUAUAAAGCAUCAGAGACUGGCCUCAUAGCAUUUCUGAAGAAUGUAAUUGAAACUUUACCUCUUAUAUAUAUAUAAGUCUUUGUGUUACACGUUUUUAAAUCAGAAAUAUUUUACACUUUUUUCCAAGGCCCUAGCAAAGCCUUUUUUAUGUGCCUGACAGCUUAAUGUAAAGUCUAUGAGAUGAGAAUGUGCAUUCGGUGAAGAGACAUUAAUGCACAUGUGCAGUGGGCCACACAACGAGGAAGACAGCCAGGAAGUGAGAAAGCGUCUUUGGUGCACGCGCUGGGUGAGCAUCAUUCACUGGAUUGAAUGGGCACCAUCUUGGAACAUGGUAUCCAAUUUUCAUAAUGCAUCCAUGAGAUACAUAAAAGGACAUACUAGCCUACUUCCUGUACUAACACUGAACAUUGGCAUUGUAUAUACUGCAGAAUCAUUCAGUAUAAAGAUUAUAAGCAUAGUAAUAAUAUGGAGACUGGGCUGGUAUUCAGUGUCUUGCGCAAGGCUGGAUGCUUGCCAUAACACGUCUCAUACUCUGCUCAUUCCAGCUGAAACUUCGUGUUGACCCAUAAAGACAGUGGAAAACUGCUCUGUCUACUGUCACAAACAGGUAAAACAAUGACUGCAAAUUAUUUAGCAGAUAGUGUUCAACCCUGGCUUAAAAUAGUCCAUAAAUAUGCUACAAUAUGGCAUGCUAGCCCUCGCCCUGCCCACAGCCCCUCCCAUGUCGCACUGGUAUUCAAACAGCUGCCCAGCCAUGACACUGCACAUGCAGGCCUCUGUGGACCCACCAGCCUGGGGGACAUUUAAACUUUAAAGGGCCAAACUGGACAGCUGGGUGUGUUCAUCCUGCGUGGGAGUGUAUGUGUGCUGUAUAAGCAUUCUCCAGCUCAUCCACUCACUACUAGACUCACUAGUCACACACAAUAAGGAGUAAGGGACCUGAGGACAUCUACCUUCCUAGUUGAUAGUUUCAACACACCAACGAGUGUACACAGCUUAUACUUCAUCUUCUUCACUCGUUCAUAAGAUCAUUUUAAAGACUGAGGAACUUCUGACGGCCAAAGGACAUUUUCUCAUCUACAAGCCCUCACAGUUUCUGUCUGAGUUGUGUUUGCUGUCCCUCCAUCAUGGGUGCAUUUAUUGCCAAGAUGCUGCUUCCUACAGUCAGCAGCCUGGUCUUCCUGCCUACAGCCAGCGUGGCCGCCAAGAGGGGCUUCCACAUGGAGGCCAUGGUCUACUUCUUCACCAUGUUCUUCACUUCGAUCUACCAUGCAUGUGAUGGACCAGGCCUCUCCAUCCUGUGUUUCAUGAGAUACGACAUUCUGGAGUACUUCAGUGUUUACGGCACGGCUCUCUCCAUGUGGGUCACACUUAUAGCUCUGGGCGACUUUGAUGAGCCCCAGCGCUCCAGUAUUACCAUGUUUGGAGUGUUGACCACGGCUGUGAGGGUCUAUCAGGAUCGUUGGGGUUAUGGGAUCUACUCUGGACCGAUCGGAUCAGCUGUCUUCAUCAUCACUGUCAAAUGGCUGCAGAAGAUGAAGCAGCUGAGAGCAGUGUAUCCAGAGAAGACAGUGUACACGCAGCAGGUCGGUCCAGGCUGCUGCUUCGGUGCUCUCGCUCUGAUGCUGCGUUUCUACUUUGAGGAGUGGGACUACGCCUAUGUCCACAGCUUCUACCAUCUGUCUCUGGCUGUGUCCUUCAUCCUGCUGCUGCCAAAGAAGAACCGUUACGCAGGGACGGGACGAAACGCUGCUAAGCUCAGCUGCUUUACUCUCUGCUGCUGUUCCAUGUCCCCUGGUACUUCUAAAGAGAAGACAGACAAGCCGAAGAAGAAGUCGUCUCGGACUGUCUGGUCAGUCCCCACCGAGAAGCUGUGGACACGAGGCUGUAGCACCCCCACCCUGCCUCUUUUCAACCCACCCCCCUCCACACCUGUCAAAGGGACCAGCAUCAGCAAGCUAAAAGAGAUGAACGGCUGGAAGUGAACCCAAAAACAAAACUGUCAGUCGGUCUAACGCAGGAGGACUUCAUCCUGACAGGCAACAGGAAUAGAUAGUGGUCGGCUACUAGCGGGAAACGGGAAAAUCACCAAAUAACUGUCAGCCAAAUGUUGAUAAACUUGUUUGUGGCUGGUAAGUUAAUCUUCUUCAGCAGGAAACCAACCAUCAUGUGGACGUUCGUUUCUACUCCAAAAAAAUCAGUUUUGGCUGGUAGAAUAUUUAAGGUCAGCAGCGAAUUUAGGAAUCCACCAGCCUCUGUAGCCAGCAGGUAAAGAAACAAAAGUACCCUGAUGUGGUUAUAAAAUCUAAGGGCAAGAACAAAAGGCGAAUCAGGCCUCUGUUGCCCUCAAAAACCUAAUAGGAACACAGCUGUCUGAAGCACUGAGGACAGGCAGCACGCUACGAAAGAACACACACAGCACGAACAGGGAGACGGUGGCUGAGACAAGCCAGUAAAACUGACUGGAAAAUUUAUGAGAAGAACUAACAGGCAGAUGGUUUAUCUCUCCAAAAUAUAUAAAUUGUCUUUAGAAAUGUUCCUCAGGGGAGACCCUACGUCUGCUCGCCUCUGUCUGUCCGUCCCCCCUCCUCUUUCUCUUUCCCAUCUCUCUCAGGGAAAAGAACCAUGCAGCUGAAUUCGUUUAUGAGAAUUACAAGACUGUAAAGCACAUUUAACCGUUUUUAUACGUCCUCGAGGUGCCAAAUGUGUCGUGUGGAGCAUCAGACAUUGGAGCGAGGGGAAGCGGUGGCCCAGAUGUCAGUCUGUAACCCGACGGAAGCAUCUUGAUGUGUUUCUGGAUCAGCAGGUGGACUCCUCUGUCUGUUACCUCUGGUUCACUGACCGAGCAGCUUUGGCUAUGGCUUCUGUCUCUAAUGUGCACUCUUCAGACUGUGUAAUGUUUCUGGUCAAGACUUUUAUUAAUAUAUUGUUAUUUAUUGCAGUACGGAAGAUUGUAUAUUCAGUAUAGUGUGUGUUUGUUUUUGAUAAUUUUGUAAUGUUUUGAAAAUAAAAUGAAAUGUUGUGACCCUG